UGUGCAUGACUGGAGCUCUCACUAGCGCUGCUAGUGGACAAUCAAACCUACACACCCACCUCCAGACACACUCGCAUUUCUCAUUUCUUACUUCUAGUCUAAAUUAGAUAGCAAGACGUAGUGUCGGAGCUCACAGAUCGCAAAGAAUUAGUUUUAAGUACUAGCGGUAGUUAAACAGUCAAUCUGAAAUUCAACAUGGAGUCCCCUCCAGAUCCAGCGAGCGACCCGGGCAACAGCGCCUCGGAGCCGGCUACCCCGGUCAGGGAAACCCCGGUAAACCUGGAGACGCUCCGGAAAGCGGACCAUCCAGCCCCGGUUCGAAGGCAGACCUGUUCAAGCACCAACAGAGGUAUCUCAGUAACAAAGAAGACACACACUUCUCAAAUCGAAAUAAUUCCCUGCAAGAUCUGUGGAGACAAAUCAUCAGGCAUCCAUUACGGCGUGAUAACAUGUGAAGGCUGUAAGGGCUUCUUCAGGAGGAGUCAGCAGAGCAAUGCAGCCUACUCCUGCCCCCGUCAGAAGAACUGCCUGAUCGACCGCACCAGCCGCAACCGCUGCCAGCACUGCCGGCUGCAGAAGUGCCUGGCAGUGGGCAUGUCACGAGAUGCGGUGAAGUUCGGCCGAAUGUCGAAGAAGCAGCGAGACAGCCUGUACGCUGAGGUCCAGAAGCACCGGCUGCAGCAGCAGCAGCGUGACCACCAACAACAGCCGGGAGAGGCGGAGCCGCUCACACCAAACUAUGGCCUCUCAGCCAAUGGCCUCACAGAGCUCCAUGACGACCUCAGCGGCUACAUGGAUGGUCACACCCCUGAUGGCAGCAAACCAGACUCGGCGGUCAGCAGCUUCUACUUGGACAUCCAGCCAUCUCCUGACCAGUCAGGCCUGGACAUCAACGGCAUCAAGCCGGAGCCCAUCUGCGACUUUGCCCCCGGCUCUGGCUUCUUCCCUUACUGCUCCUUCACCAACGGAGAAACCUCCCCCACCGUGUCCAUGGCUGAACUAGAGCACCUGGCCCAGAACAUCUCCAAGUCACACAUGGAGACAUGUCAGUACCUGAGGGAGGAGCUGCAGCAGAUGACCUGGCAGGCCUUUCUGCAGGAGGAGGUCGAGAGCUACCAGAGCAAGCCCCGGGAAGUCAUGUGGCAGCUGUGUGCUAUCAAAAUAACAGAGGCCAUUCAGUAUGUGGUGGAGUUCGCCAAGCGCAUCGACGGCUUCAUGGAGCUGUGUCAGAACGAUCAGAUAGUGCUGCUGAAAGCAGGCUCUUUGGAAGUUGUGUUUGUCAGAAUGUGCCGUGCCUUUGACUCGCAAAACAACACAGUCUAUUUUGAUGGAAAGUAUGCCGGACCUGAUGUGUUCAAGUCAUUAGGCUGUGACGACUUGAUCAGCUCCGUCUUCGAGUUUGGGAAAAACUUGUGUUCUAUGCACCUGUCUGAGGAUGAGAUCGCCCUGUUCUCCGCCUUUGUGUUGAUGUCUGCUGACCGGUCUUGGCUCCAGGAGAAAGUGAAGGUGGAGAAACUCCAGCAGAAGAUCCAGCUGGCCCUCCAGCACGUCCUGCAGAAGAACCACAGAGAGGAUGGUAUACUUACAAAGUUGAUAUGCAAAGUGUCGACACUGCGAGCGCUGUGCAGUAGGCAUACAGAGAAGCUUACAGCUUUCAAAGCAAUAUACCCAGACAUUGUGCGUGCCCACUUCCCCCCCUUAUACAAGGAGCUGUUCGGAUCAGACUUUGAGCAGUCCAUGCCCGUUGACGGGUAGCAGCCCUGCCAGGUGCCAGUGUGCCCACCGUAGGGGAAUGUGGAGGAGGAAUCUGAGACACUUUAUUGGUGCCCUGCACAAACCAGAGCGGACAGAUGGCACGCUGUUCAACUUCUUCUUUUACAUUGGAGGGGAGGGCUUAGGGAGUUGAUUCUCAAGGUUUACUUUAUUGAAUUUAGUUCUCUUUGGAAGACUUGUGGGACACGACACCCCAUGGGACAUGAAGAGGAGAUAGGGACAAAUAAUUUCUGUCUGGUUGAACUUGACCCUCUUUUGCGCAUUUCUAACAUGGAUCUCGUGAUUCACAUCACUCAUUCAUUCAUUCUCACCAGUAUUUAUUGCAUCGCUAUUAUUAUGAUUUACCUGUGCACCUGACUUAUAAUUGUAUAAGUCACUUUUGGUAUUAAAAUAUCUUCAUUUAUAAGACAACAUCAGUGUUAUUUUUCAGGUUACAUUCCCAAAACAGUUUUAGCAUUUUCACUUUCAAACUUAUAACCAAUAAUCCUAUCCCUAUAAAUGGAAAUAAACAGCUGAUAAAUGCGCACAUUUUGGUCAAGUUCAGCCCCUUUUCUCUUGUGUUCAGUCGUAUGUUUUGGACGCAGUUCUUGGAAUGAAACUCACAGCGACAUUGAGGGAGGGUCUGUCGGCAUGGUGAUGCAAUCGGCACCUCUCUAUGGACAAUCGUUUAAAAAAAAAAAAAGAAACAUAGAAUUCUGGUAAUUCUAAUGAAAACGCAAUGAUUUUAGCUGUCAAAGACUCCAUCCACCAUUGUUGCAUAGUGAAAUCAUGUAAGGCCAUCUGCUAUUAAUCCUUCUCUGGACAGGUGCCCUGGAGAAGCACAGGGCACCAACACAAUGAAAAGGGUCCAUUCCACCUGUUUUAUAAUGUACUACAGGGUAUAUGGUCAUAAGUACUUACUAUACAGAAAAAAGUAAUGUUUAUAGAAUCUAUUUUAAAUAACAUGUAUGAUAUUAGUAGUUAGACCAUUCUUAAUUGUUGAAUUGAUAAGGCACUUUUAUUUACACCUUUCUUUAAUUUAAGACUUGUAUAUUUACCUAGUGAUGUGUUGCAUGUGCACAAGAAAUAUAAGUUGAACCAUGGUCACAGAGGCUAGUCCUGGGAGCUGCAAAUGAUACUGGUCUGGAAGUGUAAGGACUGUCUGUUAGGAUUGCUGGCGAGGCUGCUGGUUGGUGAACAAAGAGGCAUGGAUGAGAAGGCAGGUUGAAGGAGCUCAAUCACCUGUUACCUCAACAUGCAUGACACCUGUCAAAAUGUAGCUCUGAUACUCCUUUUAGGGAGGAUGCACAUAUAUAAUAACAGGCAACAAACAAAAGGCUUUCUUUGUCUUUGUUUAAACGUACCUGGAUUUAUCAGCAUUUAAACUUGUUUUCUUUAAAAAUGUAGGAAAAGCGUUUGCAAAACACUUUUUUCUGAUAUAUUCUAAAUAUUUGGUGCUGAUUUUACUUUGAAGAACCUCACUUAUUAUGUAAAGACAGCCACAAGGAAAAAUCAAACAUUAUCUCAACCAAGCUUCGCAAAUCAACAUUAAUAGCCGGACGGGAAAGAUCCACACAUAGACUGUAAUCCAAUUGUUCCAUCUAGUGGAAGGUAAAGAAACAGCAAGCCGCCUCAUGACAAAGAUACAAACUUAAAAGCACAUUCAUGAGCCUCUGUCAAGAUGUUUAAAGUAUUUUUUUCUUGUCGUUUUUGAGUGACUUUAUCUGCCUUCUCACCACAGCCUCGGCCUCCGCAACGCCACAACAGGACACAGAAGGAACAGUGAAGGGAAAGUGAAUAUUCAAAGCCUUGUCUGGUAGUAAAGCUUCUAUUUUUGUAACAUGUUUUGGUUAAUGAACUCAUGAAAGAGAACGAGGGAGAGAAAAAGAUGUCAGGUAGCACUUAACUAUAUUCCUGCAAUAAUUAGACUAGCUGUUGUUUGUAUGAUUAGGGGAGAAACAUAAAAAUGGUAGGACAAGUGCUAUUUUCAGAAUGCUUUGUUGUUGUGCUUCUGUUUUGUUGAGUGUGUCUUUCUUGUCAGUGUGGUAGUAAAGUGGUAGAAAAAACCCUGGAUGUGCCAAACAGUAGUCGUUGCUUCCGCUUUCCAGUCUACUCGUCUAUAAUGUAGAAUGGAUUCCUAAGACAUUCCAGCAAUCUCAGUAGCGGCUUCUAGAAAUAUCUUUGAAAAAAAAAGAGCAAAAAAAGAAAAAGAAAAAAAUGAUAUCCCUUUAGAAACCCAACAAAGCAUGUUGAUACAUCUGUCACCAACCGUAACAUAGAAUCCAGUUGUUUGUCUUUUGUUUUCUGUUUGCACACUAUCAUUCCUCUGCCGUGCAAUUUGUACAAGGCGUUAAUGCCUUGUGCUGUCACCCCUCAGGGAAGAGUUUCUUUUGCGCUUUCUGUUUGAGAGGACAUUUGUUUGUACUCAUUAGGUUUAGUUUGUGUUUUUGUCAGGGAUGUUCCAUGAGAAGUGGUUGAGAUUUAACAUUUGAAUAUUCAUCAGAAUUUUACAUUAUUGAUGUCCUUAAGGGGCCCCCAGCCACACAAAGACCACUGUGCCCCUAUGGUCAGGUUCAAGAAAAUCUCAUUUGUAAAAAACAAAAAACAAACCCCAUCACUUUUACAAACCGCAGUUUUAUUAGCACACAGCAUAUUCCUGUCACAAAAAUCUGUUUUGGUUUCAAACGGUGUCAUCAGGGUCUUUAAAAAUGAUAACCCUCUUUGUUAGAAAAACCAAAUAUUCUUAUGCAAUACUAAAUCUGUUGUGUUUGGGUUGUAGUAGAUAUGCUGUACCUAAGUAAUAAUCUCUGUUAUGAUCCAAUGCUAUUUUGGAUAUGCACAAGCCCUCUACGACUAGUAAACCUCAGUCUCCCGGCAAAAGAAACCCAGUCUGGAACACUGCUAGACAAUCCAGGUUGAGAGGCCCAGUGGCCCCGGCAAGAGCAGCGAAAAGAGGAUGAGGUGUGAACGCUCAGGGAGGUAACAGGUAGACCGAAGAAGCAGCUCGCUUUCCUCUGGACAGUUGCAUUUGAUUAGCUCUUGUGUGAAUUUAUGAGGUCGUUAAAAAAAGAAAAAUCUCUUCAAAGCACUCGAUUGAUGAGAAGAGGUGGCGUAGCACACUAAACAUGCAGUACAGCACUUAACUGUUCAGAAAGCAACUAAUAAGAGAUGGAGGUUUGGCUGAUAUCCUGUUAUUUAUUUGCAAAAAAAAAAAUUAAGUUUGUUUCUUGAAAAUUAUUCUUAAGCUGUUUUAAUAUCACUUAAUGGUCACGUAAAACAAUUUUGCUCAAAUAUGAUCAGCUAAGGUCUACCACCAAAAUGUUUCUUCUCUCAUGAAGUGGAAAUUUUUUUGUCAUUCAAAUGGCAUUUAAUGUGUUCUACAAUAUAAAACAAGCAAUAUGCCUUGUGUUACAAUUACGGGUCUCUACAGUGCAGUCAUCAUCCUUUUUUCAUUCAGCUGACUCACACUGAUGACGUUUACUCUCAGUCUAGAAACAAAAGCCCCAUUGCUCUGUUUUGAUCAUAUGUAUGGUUGAGAUAUUGGCAGAAUAGCAGGAACUGGUAAUCAAACACAUGGAUACUUGUGUCUAACUAUAAACUGCGCCUUCACACGGGCCUGUAAAGUGAUGUCCUUCUGUAUAUUCUCACUUGAGAUAUCCCGCUUUAAGUAGGGGUUGAUGCUAAGUGUGCUAUUCAAUCAGUGUAUAGUAUACAGUAAAAUGUGCUGGUCCUUCUGUCUCUGCUCUGUUAUCUGUUUGUAAAAAGCAAAAGUGAGUGUGUGUGUAUGUGUGUGUGCGUGUGUGUAUGUCUUUGUUCUCACAAUGUGUGAAUAAAAUAAACCCCAGACAAGGCUUUAAUAAUUACAGAGGAACAGGGUUAUGUGGGUGAGGAUUUUAUUUUGGACUUUUAAAAAAUAAAGAGGUUUUUGGAAAUGCUGAGCUUGAUCCAUCCAUAAUAGGUGUAGGUUUUAAAAAGCAUGACAUAAUGCCUUCGACAAUUCAUAGGUCUGCAGAAUGCUGUGAGGCGACAUUGACCAGCUUCACAACAAAAAACAUGCUUCGCUAUCAGUUCAGAUGGCGCGGCUGUGGCCCCAGCUGAAAGGAACUGAGAUGAAUUUGUGACUAUAAAUUGUAAAAAUGAGUCUUCUCUGGCCUUAAAUUGUGAAGAUUAGUGUUAUGUCACGCUUAAAGUUGUGCUGGAGUGUCAGUGUGUUACCCAGAAUUAUGAGUCAGUCGUCACAUUUUAACAGAACUCAUUUUCCAAAGCACAGCUGAUAAGGAUUUAUGAUUAACAAUAAGUUUAAGAAUAUAGUUUUUAAAAAAAUGAAAAGCAACUUUUAGCCAUAAUCGAAUGUCAAGCAAUAAUAUAUGUCUGUGUAUUAUUUUUGAUUCUUUUGUGCAUAAUAGUCUUUGAACAUCUGCAUGUAAAUACACCUCUUAUUUAUCACUUUUUGGUUUAUUUUGUUGAUUUUGUGGAUGUUUUUAUGUUUCAUCUGUAUAUUUGACCGGUUCUGUUCCCAGGUGGAGAACUAAGAACUUGACAUGGCCUGUAUGCUGUAUAUCUUAUUUUCACACUCUUUCUCUCUCCCUCAUUCUCAGCUGUUUAUUCACCAUAUUUAAUGUUAUUAUUGAUCACAUGUAUAAAGGUAGCUUUGUAAUUUCUGUCUGUAUAGGUAAGAGGAAAAUACUGCUACUAAGGCCUACCCAGUGAAACUAUUUAUCUGUUUAUCAAUGACACCAUAUUGUACGAUAACUCUGUUUCUAGGUUGCUUCCCUCCUUUAGGAUUAGUUUGAUAGAGAUAGGGUGUGCUGACAUUUAUUUUGUGUUGCCCUGAUGUGUGGUGUUAGGUAAGUUAAUUUUGUGAACAAAGUAUUAAUUCCUAAGCCUGGCCACCCUAUUAGUCCAUUCAUUUCAUUGCAUAUUAAUGUAUUAUUGAUAUUAGGACUCAAUAAAUAAUAAUGAUAAUGAAAAUGAUAGUGGUAAAAUUACCCAGACAGUACCUGUAUCAGUGUGCUAGUCUUGGGAUAAGGCACUUAUUUCCUUCUGACUUAUAGCAAAGCUAGUAUCUGCUAAUUAACAAGCUAUUUAAGGUUGCUUUUCUGGUUUGUGGGAAAAAUGAUAAUAUUCAAACUGAAACAGCAGUAUUGUGUUUUUUUUUCUUUGUCUGAUUGUAAAAACCACUCACUGAGGCUAUAGUUUGUCAGGUUUUAAGAUACUAAAUAUUUACCUCUCUUGUGUCUGCAUAGUUCUUCACCUGAUGCAGGGAAGUGGUGCUUGGAUUUUAUUAAACAGAGCCUCAGUAUGCUUUUGUUAUUCCCCAUUUUAGACUAUCCUAAAACUGGUUUCUUCAGACCAGUAGCGUAAAAACCUCUUGCACCACAUGAAGUGUUACAAAUCUACAUGAAAGAAUUGCCAUUUGAGGACAAAGUUGACCUUUUCUCUCCACUCUGUAGCAAAUAUCAGUGAGAAUAUGCUUGCAAUAAUACACAACGUAUCACACUGAGUGCCUCUCGGUGUAACAAGAUGCAUACAUGGUUUUGAUUGUCUUUUUUUGUGGUUUUCCAGACGUGUACUGAAGUGACAAUGUAUUUUGUACAUGAGGAUGAAUUCUCAACUCUCACAUGCUUCAAUGUUUUUCAGAUUCUUUCUUUAUGUGAUGUUAAUCAUUUUCACGUGGGUUGAUGCGCUUUGUUAAAGGGUUUCAAUGUAUAGAUGGUCCGUUUAGAGUGUACAUGUCACCCCUCACCUUGUUUUUUGAGAAACACAACUGGGAAGUUUGUUUCAUGUUGAUCUUGAAUGGUCAAAUAAAUGCUCGCAGACAAUAAUAAUACAGAAAAGUUCACCUUUUUUUGAUCAGGCAAAAACUAACAGGCAACCCACAUUUCUUCACUUUCUGUUUGUUUUAUAUCAACUUUUUUAUUUCACUGAGAUUUACUAAUGCAUUGUAUAUCAAGUAGUUGUAUGUGUUUGUAAAAGAGGCAUACAACACAUCUGGAUUUCUUUAAUGUUCUGUGUUCAAUGUGCACUCAGUCGGUUGGGGUAACUUAACAUGAAGGGUGGGUGGAGCAGGGGCGGAUUCUUUUUUCCAUGCAAAAGCAGUGCAAAUUACGGGAAAGCCGAAACUAGUGUGUGGUUGUCACAAAUUUCUAAGUCACACGUUUGCUACUGAUGUUAAAAUGGGGACAGAUGAUCAUGUACCUUUUUAUCCAGCUCUUUUGAACUCUCUUUAGCAGGUAGUCUAUUCACAAACGUAGUUUUGCUCCUUCUUGUCUGAUUCUUAAAUAUGAAAAUAAGUAUUUUGAUUCAUUUUGUAAAUACAGCUGUAAAGAAAAAUAAGAAAUUUAAUGUUGUCUUUUAAAUACUUUUCAUUCUAAUAUGAAUGUUGUUAUAUUGUACUUAGAAACUGUACCUUUAA